GAAAGGUGAAGAUUCUCAAAUGGAAGAUGAGUACUUGAAUCACCACGUGACGAGAUUCUCUUAGGCUGGUUUUUGUUGUUCCACCCGGUCGGUGGCGGAGCCAGCAUCUUAAUUGAGGAAUUUAAAAUCGAAAAAUGUGAACGAAAUAAUUAAUUGAAGAAAGUUCGACGUUAAUUAUAUAUAAAUAAAAAUAAUUUUAAGCUUGUAUAUAUAGUAUAAUUUUCGAGGUUCGAAUGAACCCCACACUGUGAGCUGGAUCCGCCACUGCACCCUGCCAAUGCCCCUCUUAUAUAAUACUACUUCCCUUGUAAAAUGUCACAAACUCUCUUUAGCAGAGAGCAGAGAGAGAGAGAGUGAAGAUCUUUGGUGUUCGUUCAUGUGUUUUCUCCGCACAUGAAAAAUAUACCAAACCACUUCACUUUUCUCAUCACUCACCUAAGUCUUAUACUUGUGAACAAUUUUUUAAAAAUUUACACAGUUUUGAUGGGAUCUCCAGUGCGUAAUUAGUGAACCAAUUUCUUUGGCAGAUAAGAGUGAUCGGAUUCUCUUCCUCUGUUUUUGAUUUGACUGGUUCAGCAAUUGAGAUUCAAUUUAUGCAUAAAAUGAAUUCGCAAUCGGAGUUGUGGAAGCUGGACAUUUGAAGUUGCUCCGGAGAGUUUUACCAGCAUUGUAUGUCAACAGUUUAUUUUCAGACGCAUUGAUAAGAGUGUCUUCCUCUGUUGAACGCGAUGGGUUCGAUUUGAUUUGACGGCAUUUUGGCUAAUCUGUUCCGUUCCGGCGACUUUCUCAUCGAAAUUUUGGGAUUUGAAUUAACAAGUCGUGCCGAACCGUAUGCAAUCGUUGAAUCAAUCUUUCAAAUAUUCCAGGUUUUAGGUCUCCACAAGAAGUGAUCAAGUCUCUUGGCAAUCAUGGCGUGCAGUUGUGUGUCCAUAAUGAACUCACCUGUGAAUAAAAGCUCUAAAGAUGCGUGGAUGGAGCAAGACUACUUUCGGAGGUCCUUUUCGAGCAAAGGGAGUCGUGAAAAGGCUCGAAUGAGAAGAUCGUAUUCUGAAAACCACCUGACUUGUCGUGCAAGUCGUAUCCAGAGUACAGAAACACAGCCAAAAUUGAAUAGUAGUUCUACAGGAGGUCCAUUUAAACUUCAGCUGUCAAGUUCGUUCCUCCCUGAUUCUCUUCGGUCAUUCCUGUUUGAUAUCGAGACCAGUAAGGAUAUCAACAUAGAGGGCGUUAUCUUUGAGACUCGUCAUGAUCAUGAUCGAGAGAAUGAUGGGAUGGAGGCUGAGGGAGAGACAAGAAGGUCCAAUUGGAUUCGAAGGCUUGUGGAGCUAAGGAGAAAUUGGAUAGAGAAACAGAAGAAGAAUGAUGCAGAGAUACUUGAAGAAUACAUGGAAAAUAGCGGUGGAGACUGCGAGGAGGAAGGUUGUGAAGUAGACUAUGAGGAGGAGGAGGAUGCAGCUGACGAGAUGAAUGUGGAUAGAGAAUCAUUCUCCGGGUUGUUAAGGCGAGUCUCCUGGUCAGAUUCCAAGCUUUUCUCUAAGCUGGCUUUCUUGUGCAACAUGGCUUAUGUUAUUCCCGAGAUCAAGGCCACAGAUUUAGAAAGAUGCUAUGGUUUGGACUUCGUAACAUCUUCCUUGGUGAAAAAAGCAGAAGCUAUGGCUAUCAAAGCCAAGUUCGACAAGGAUUCAGUUCGUGUUCCAGUUCCAUCAUCAGAUAAUUCAGUGCCUAAUCCAGAUAAAACAGAGGAAACUGAGCACAAGCGUCUACCUCAGCCAUUAGUUGCUUAUGAUAUAGCAGCUUCGGCAGCAUCUUAUGUCCAUUCCCGUGCUAAGGACCUUUUUUCAGUUGGCAGUGAGUCAAAAUUGGUAGUUGAUGAUGCGACCUUGGGAGUUAACAAACGGUGCUCAGCAGAUGAAAAAGAUAACUCUUCACAAAGAGUACACAAGUCAGAGAUGGCUGCAUAUGUAGCUGCAUCAACAAUGACAACAAUGGUUGCUGCUGAUGAGAAACAAAAGCUGGAGGCAGCGAGGGACCUUCAAUCACUUCAAUCCUCACCUUGCGAGUGGUUUAUUUGUGAUGACUUAACCACAUAUACUCGUUCUUUUGUUAUUCAGGGAUCAGACUCAUUGGCGUCAUGGAAGGCAAAUCUCUUCUUUGAACCAAGCAAAUUUGAGGAAACGGAUGUGUUGGUUCAUCGAGGAAUUUAUGAAGCUGCAAAAGGAAUUUAUGACCAAUUCAUGCCAGAGAUAAUGGAGCAUCUGCGAAGGUUUGGCGACAAGGCAAAGUUUCAAUUUACUGGCCACUCUCUUGGAGGAAGCCUCUCACUUCUGGUCAACUUGAUGCUGCUAACUCGGAAGGUCGUCAAACCAUCCUCUCUUCUACCAGUUGUCACUUUUGGAUCACCAUUUGUGUUCUGUGGUGGUCAAAAGGUGCUCAAUGAUUUGGGUUUGGAUGAGAAUCAUGUGCAGUGUGUGAUGAUGCAUAGAGACAUUGUUCCGAGGGCAUUUUCAUGCAACUACCCAAACCAUGUGGCCCAAGUCCUCAAACGUUUAAAUAGUACAUUCAGAUCCCAUCCUUGUCUGAAUAAGAAUGCUACAGACUCAUUGGCGUCAUGGCGGGCAAAUCUCUUCUUUGAACUCAGAAAAUUUGAGGAAAUGGAUGUGUUGGUUCAUCGAGGAAUUUAUGAAUAUGACCAAUUCAUGCCAGAGAUAAUGGAGCAACUGCAGAGGUUUGGCGACAAGGCAAGGCAAAGUUUCAAUUUACUGGCCAUUCUCUUGGAGGAAGCCUCUCACUUCUGGUCAACUUAAUUCUGCUAACUCGGAAGGUCGUUAAACCAUCCUCUCUUCUACCAGUUGUCACUUUUGGAUCGUCAUAGUGUUCUGUGGUAGUCAAAGGUGCUCAAUGAUUUGGGUUUGGAUGAGAAUCAUGUGCAGUGUGUGAUGAUGCACAGAGACGUUGUUUCGAGGGCAUUUUCAUACAACUACACAAACCAUGUGGCCAAGUCCUCAUAUGUUUAAAUAGUACAUUCAGAUUUCAUCCUUGUCUGAAUGAGAAUGUGAGUACACUCUCUCAUCUACGCUUUCUAGAUUUAAAAUUUUGAAGCUACUUAAAACCCCAUCUAUUAAAUAAAAGAACCAAGUUUUACAAUUCAAUGUUACUUUUAGCUUUGUGUAGUUAUACUCUCCAAUGGGAAAGAUAUUCAUCAUCCCGUUCGAUGAGAAGUCAUCUAGCCUCACCCUAUGCUUCCUCCAGGCAGUGGCCUUUAUUCCCUAGAUAACACCCAUUAUUGUGCAUUUAUUAGGAAAGCUUUCAAAAACCUUCCUGAAUUCUCCACACCCAUUAGAAAUUCUAAGUGACCCUACAACAUAUGGUUCUGGUCAGGGACGGAUCUAUUCAUUGCCGUGGGGUGGCACGCCACCCGCAAAUUUCGACGGAAACUCUCUCUCUAUAUAGGUAUAUACACUGAUAUAAUCAAAUAAUAAAUCUGUCAUCCACAAUAAUAAAAUGAUAUCUAGAGCAAGUGGUAGAGAAGUGUUUUGAAGGGCUCAAAGGUUGCGAGUUCAACCUCUGUUGGCAGCAUUACUAUUGUUAGGCCUUGGGCCCAAAAUAGCAAAAAUAAAAGACAGGCCUAGCCACAUUCAAAUGACCCGAAAGAGUGUAAUAACAUUACACACUAUUUUCAAUUGGCUUUCCAUUUUCCACAUCAGUCCCAAGACUAUUCUUUUGUGAAUUAUUCUUGUUCUUGCUCCUCUUUGUUCAUCAAUCAUUCCUAGCCAAGAAUCUUCUUUGCAAGAAGGUAAGAUCUUAUUAUUUCUUUUCUUGAAGCAAAUUGUGAAAUUUUGUAAGGGAGCAAUCGUGCAGCUCAAGCACAUGCUGCUAAUUAAGUUGACUUAGCUGCUAAUUAAGUUGACUUAAUUAAAUAAUUAAUUAUUGUUUUGACUUUUUUUUUUAAUUUCAUUAGUUGUUAAAAAUAAUUUAAUCUCUCUCAUCCAUACUUUGGUAAUAUAUUCAUACACAUAUCAAUUAUUAUAUAUCAAUUCUAAACUUUGGCCAAAAAGACUGACACUUAAUACAAAAAUGUAGGGAAGGACAAAAAUUAGUGUGAUCAAUAUUUAAAUGAUUAUUUAGUAUGUUACAUAGAGCGUGAUAUAUUUGCAAAUGUAAGUAAUGAUGUCAUCAUUGAUCGUUUUCAGAAUAUGAAAACUCGUCGUGGGCAAUUGUAAAGAAUUAUGAAUAUUAUGAUAUUAGUAAUAUUAUUAAAAAUUUAAGUUUGGUCAUUGUAUUACUGUUCUUAUAUUAUUGAUUAAUUUGUUAAUUGUCCUAUAGACCGGAAAGAUAAAUAAUCCGAUUGAAUUAUCGAUAAGUUUACUUGGCACCCAGUGAGUUCGGAUCCUGGAUCCGCCUCUGGUUCUGGUGGUACAAUUCUCAGAGACCUUGAGUCAUGACUCGGAGCAAUUAUCUGAAGGCUGUGAACAACAUUAUAAGGCAACGCACAAAACUAUACUUGUCCGGAGAGUAAGAAAAUAGAGGAACCUGAUUUGGCCUUAUUGGCUUCACAAUCUCCACAUGCAUGAAGCUAUGAGAGCGACAUAGAAGCUAGAGGAAUAGCACCCAAGGGUGUGACCUAGUGGUUCAAUGAAGCGGGUUGAGCACCAUGAGGUCUCAGGUUUAAUUUCCAACGGAGACAUACAUUAGGUGAUUUCUUCCCAUUUGCUCUAGCCUUGGUGGACAGAGUUACCCGAUAUCUGUUGCUGGUGGGAGAUGACAAGUGUGCACAAGCUGGCCCAGAUAACUGUUGCUGGUGGGAGAUGACAGGUAUCUCGUAGAGUUGGUCGAGGUGCGCAAGCUGGCCCCGAUACCAUGGUUAUCAAAAGAAAUAGAAGCUAGAGGAUUAUUAAGAAAGGAAAUAUUCUCAAGCGUUUGAUUUCCUAGCAAGAAUUGUUCUCCUCCUUUGAGCCUUCUCUUCCCCAAGACCUGCCAAAUUACGAGUCUUACCAAGAGCUCAACCUCAUUUUAGAAUUGUUCCAUCCAAUUAGAACCUAUAAGUUAUGCUACAAUUUAUGAUUUUGACGAGGGAAAGCUGAUUCGGCUUAUUUUAUAUGAAGACUGUUGAUGUAUAUCCUAUAGCUUAAGCAAAGGAGCCUGGUAUGACUACUAUUUAUGAUGCAGUAUUGAAGUGCAUAGUGUCAGUAUCCGUACUUUGGAAAACGAGAAUGGAUAUAGUAAUGACAGAAAUCAAAAGAGCAAGUACAUGAAAUGUUUCUGAAAAUUGUAAUAUUGUAACAUCUUGUAUAUAGUCUUAG